AUAAAAUCCCCAACUCCAACCCAACAAAUUCUUCACUCUUUGUGCGGACGGAGGUCACCGAGGAAGAAUCAAAUCCCUAGAAAUCGGAAGAAGAGUUCCUGCGGCUUCCACAACCGCCCUUGAUCAUCACGUCCGUUUCCGUUUAUGGUUUUCGCUCUAUCUUAUCAGUGUAAACAGACGUCCUCAACUAUGAUUCUUUCUUCAACUAUCGUCGCUCCGAUCUCGUCCCUCAACGACCUCCGCGCCUUCGGUCCUGGACUCAAUCCGUUUGCACCCUUUGGCAUGGGAAACUACUCCGCCUCCCGCUAAGUUCUUUGGCUUUCUCGAUUGCCUUGGCUACUAUGUAAAGCUUGGAUCUUGCUACGGGGUUGUAUCUUGUGUCGCUUACUUGGCAGGACAAGAUCUUGGUUUUUCUUUUCGUCGAAAAGGGGAUCUUUGCUUCUAGUGGUUUUUAGGGAUUUCGUUUCGUCUUUGAAUUUGAUUAUUGGGGUCGUGAAAUAUGCCUCUUGAGCAGCAGCAGGUGAAGACUAGGAGUUACUUGUCAAGCAGGCAUCUUUUCAAGCAGAGGGUCAGGGAGAGGGAUGACAGGGGAUGGACAUUGCUUCACAUUCGUGCUAGAAAGGGUGACUUGAAAGAGGUCAAGUGUCUUUUGGAUGAAGGAAUGGAUGUCAAUGUCACUACUUUUGGUCCAAAAGCUCAUGGUGCGACUCCUCUUCAUCUUGCUGCACAAGGUGGGCACAUCAAGGUCAUGGUUGAGUUACUGGAGAGGGGUGCUAACAUUGAUGCUCGAACAAAGGGAGCUUGUGGAUGGACUCCACUUCAUACUGCUGCCAAAGAAAGAAACAAGAAAGCUAUCAAGUUCCUGGUUGAGAAUGGUGCAUUCCUGCCACCGGACAUGAACGACAACCGGUUCAAUCCACCCCUCCAUUACUGUCCAGGACUUGAAUGGGCCUACAAGAUCAAACGCAAGCAAGAAAAUGAUCUUUCUAUGGCUGGAACUUCUUAUAGCUCCGACAGUUAGUGACAUGACCGGUUCAAUACGCCUCUCCAUUACUGUCCAGGACUCGAAUGGGCCUACGAGAUCAAACACAAGCAAGAAAAUGAUCUUUCUAUAGCUGGAACUUCUUAUAGCUCCGACAGUUAGUGACAUGAUUAUCAUUGCUGCAAGACUUGCAAUUGCCGUCUCAAACUCAUCUCAUAUGGACUCCAGUUUGGAGGAAUGUACAGCUAUUUGAUUCCUAUUUAUACUUCUAAAUGGACAAGCAUCUAUGGUUGUGUUAGAUUUGAUGGAGUCUCAAUGAAUUGUUAAUGGAAAGCUGUUAAUGUAUUUGCACCAGAAAAAUUUUUCGUACGAAGUUAGUUUGCUCGGACGGAUUUAACACU